AUGGACAAGUUGCUUCGCGAGUAUCCAAACGAUUCCCGUUGUACCAGAAUCAGCAAUGGAGUGGAGAAGUUGUUAGCAUCACGCGGCUCGCUUGUAGAGGUAAAACUCCUCAACUGGUUCAGCCGCGAACACUCGGACUGGAGCCUCAUUGACCUCAGUGGGGCUGUCUCGAAGAUGAAGGCUGAUGCCGGGCGACACGGAACGACGUGGUAUCAGGCAUGCGCAAACGAAACAAUGGAGGCGUUAAAAUCCGCGGAGACCAGGGUGCUCUACCAAGCACCUGUUUACGACUCCGAUCGGGGCUUCUUUGGGAUAAUCGAUUUUCUGAUUCGGGGGGUGGAGGGGGACUAUACUAUAUGGGAUACGAAGCUGGCUACCCAUCCAACGGCAUACCAUGUGGCCCAGCUCAUCGGGUAUGCUACGGCGCUUGAGUCGAUGCUGGGUUCAGACAGCAAGGUCCAGAAGGUUGGACUGGUACUGGGAGAACAUGCUGCGGAGCAUGGUGCAGUCAGUGAAGUUAGCACAGAUGGAUUGAGAGCAUCUUUCCACGAAUCAUGGAGGGCCUUUGAAGAGUUCUACAAAGCCUUCGAUCCCAACCGUGCCCCACCCGAUCCAGCAGAAGAGCCACAGGCCAACCUAACACGUUGGGCCCACGCAGCAACAGACAUUUUACAGAAUAGAGACGACCCUGCUCUCAUUGCCAACAUAACUCGAUCUCAACGAGCAAAACUGAAAGUGGCAGGUUUCGGGUCAAUGACCAGUAUUGCCAACAUGCCAUCCACAGCUUUGUCCAAGGUGUCGGCCGACACCCGCAUCAAGCCCCAAACCCUGGAGCGGCUUCGCUUGCAGGCUCUUCUGCAAUGUCGAACAAGGGACAUGGAUGGCAGAAACGAUCCAGAGGUGGCAAUACCUGCUUCCGAACUUUUGCCGAGUGAUGACCCUGGAGAUGUCUUCCUCGAUUUGGAAAGCUUGCCAUGGCACAAGCCGCCAGCUGCCUCCCAUUACUUGAUCGGAGUUUACACCCGACGGGGAAACUACAGGAGUUGGUGGUCACAGACGCACGACGAGGAGCAUCGAAACACGUGCUCCAUGCUCGAUUUCAUAUUCAACCGCUUAGAUCAAUUCCCGAGGAUGCAUGCAUACUGUUAUGGCCAUUACGAAAGAAGCGCGUUCUCGCGCCUGGCUGUCGGCCUUCCGCAGAAAUACGAGGAGUUGGUUAACACAUUCAUCGAGACAAUCUUGGUCGACCUUUAUCCCAUUGUCAAGGGCUCAAUAAUGCUAGGGCUGCCUGGAUACGGCCUUAAGCAGGUGGAGAAGAUGUACCGGACGACGAGGACAAAUGCAGUGGCUGCGGCUGAAGACUCAAUGAUUGCGUACAUGCACUGGCUAGAUGCACCGGACGGUGACACUUGCGCUACAUCCACAACGCUGCGUCAGAUUCGCGACUACAAUUGCGAAGAUUGCAGAUCCACUCGACAGCUCUUGACUUG